AUGGAAUUUCUAAAAAGAAGCAGCGCUUCUGUCAGUCCCAAUAAAAUUGCAAAUUCUGAUUUCCUUCCAAAAAGAAGCAGCAAAUUGAAGCAGAAGAUCACCGGAGAUCAAAUCAAAGCAGGAGAUUGCCUUAUUUCCAACCCUAAGCAGCGACGAAUUUCCUCAGUCCAAGCUAUUGAUGUUGAGUUGGCUUCGGAUUCAGGAGUUCUGGCUUGUAAUGCAUAUGAGUUGAUGGGAAGACAAUCUGGUGGCAAUGAAUCAGUUGGGUACUUGAAAGUGGAUCUUAAAAAUUAUCUAAGGACGCGAAGACAAAAAGAGCUUCUUUAUGGAGAGGUGGUAUGGCUUAUGGAUUAUUUUGAGACACAUGCUUGUGAAGAUCCUUCGUUCUUCUAUUACUUGCAACUGGAUACUGAGCAAAUAAUUACGAACAUAUUCUGGUCAGAUUCUAGAAUGAUCAUUGAUUAUGGCCAUUUUGGAGAUGUUAUCAGUUUCGACACAACGUACAAAGUAGUACACGGCAACAGACCAUUUGCAAUUUUCUUGGGUAUGAAUAAUCACAGGGAGACCGCUGUGUUUGGAGCAGCCUUAAUGUAUGAUGAGACAACGGAUUCGUUUGUCUGGUUAUUUGAAACGUUCUUGAAAGCGAUGGAGGGAAAAGCGCUAAAGACGAUUAUUAUGGAUCAAGACGCUACAAUGACGAAGGCAUUAAAGUAG